AUGCCCCCUGCAGCAGAAGGCCCCUCGGGGUCAGCAGGUGCGUCGACAGCAGCAGCAGCAUCAGCAGCAGCAGCAGCAGCAGCAGCAGCAACUGCAACAGCAGCAGCAACAGCAGCAGGAACACUGCAGCAGGCUGAUCCGCAGCAGCAGCAGAUGUCAUUCAAAAGACAAGAAAGCAGCAAAUACAGCUGCAGCAGCAGCAGCAGCAUCUGCAACAGCAGCAGCAGCAGCAACAGCAGCAGCAGCAGCAGCGAUGAUGAAGCUUCCAGUGUAUGUACACUCGAAGACGACGACUCACAGGAGGAGAGCCCCCCGGCCCGCUGCCUUCUUUGCCCCUUCAGCUGCAGCAGCAGCAGCAGCAGCAGCAGCUGCAACAGCAGCAGCAGCAGCAGCAGCAGUGGAAGGACCCCUGCUGCUGUUGUGCUGCAGCACAUGCGAGAAGCCCACGGCCUCGAUUUGACAGCAAAACGCAGAUGGCUGCUGCCAAGGCAGCAGCAGCAGCAGCAGCAGCAACAGCAGCAGCAGCAGCAGCAGCAGCAACAGCAGCAGCAGCAGCAGGAUGAGCUGCCUCCGCUAAACCACUACACGCGUAUAGCGUUGGUUUCUUUCUUACGUCAGAAGCAGAAGCAGCAUGAGCAGCAGCAGCAGCAGCAGCAGCAACAGCAGCAGCAGCAACAGCAGCAGCAGCAGCAGCAGCAGCAGCAAGAGUACAAAGAAGUGAUAGAUGCUUUGUUUAGUCUGAAUGCUGCUUCUGCUGUUUUCUGCUGCCCCGAUGAUCUGCUGCUUGCUGCUGACCCUGAGGACCCUCUUCUUUGGGAUGGCGACGACUGCAGCAGCGACGAUGAACCUGCUGCUGCUGCUGCUGCUGCUGCUGCUGCUGCUGGUACUGCAGCAGCAGCAGGAGCAGCAGCAGCAGCAGGAGAAGGGUUUUUGCCUGUGGUGACGCCCCACAACACAGAAGUGUAUGAGCGUUUGCUGCAGCACCGCAUACAGAAGUGUAUGAGCGUUUGCUGCAGCACCGCAUUGCUGCUGCUGCUGGAUCUGCUGCUGCUGCUGCCAGCACCCCAACCACCACCACCAGCAGCAGCAGCACAGCAGCAGCAGCAGCAGCAGCAACAGCAGCAGCAGCAGCAGCAGCAGAAGAGUUUUCACCUGAAGACAAAGGAUAUUUCGCUGGAUACGGGGAGCUGUCUAUACACCGCGAGAUGGUUGCUGAUGUCAGCCGCACAGAAGCAUACAGAUCCUUCCUACUACAAAACUCAGGUACAGAAGUGUAUGAGCGUUUGCUGCAGCACCGCAUUGCUGCUGCUGCUGGAUCACAGAAGUGUAUGA